GACGGGGAUCUUAUUGUGGGGGGAUUUUUCCCUUUAAUGAUACGUGAAAUGACCAUACCACAGAAAUGGAAAUAUUUUUAUAUUCAUCCUGAGAUAAUUCUGAAUGAUUACCAGUUGCAGGAAAAACACUACAAUCAAGUCCUGGCCUUGGUGUUUGCUGUAGAGGAGAUCAACAAGGACUCCAAUCUGUUACCCAAUAUCACUCUAGGAUUCCACAUCUAUAACACCUACCCUAGUGAUGUCGGAACCCUGGAGAGCUCCUUAAUGUGGCUGUCAGGACAGGGACUGGCUGUUCCAAAUUACCACUGUGAGAAGCAGGCCAAGUCCUUGGCUGUCAUUGGAGGAGCUUAUUCUGAAUUGUCAGUCCAAAUGGCUUCCCUACUUGAGCUCUACAAGUUUCCACAGAUCACUUAUGGCCCAUUUGAUUCCAUCCUUAUGGAGAAGGUCCAUUUUCCCAGUGUUUAUCAAAUGUCACCCAAGGAUUCUACCCUUGCCCUGGGAAUGGUCCGAUUAAUGGUGCAUUUCAACUGGACAUGGGUGGGACUGGUUAUAACAGACAAUACCAGGGGUGAAACAUUCCUCUGGGAUAUAAGACAUGAGAUGGCCAGGAAGGGUGUCUGUGUGAACUUUAUAGAGAAGAUUCCUCCCACUGAGAAAUACAUAAUUAAUUCCCAUUAUAAUAUCAUGGCAAGGAUUGAUGGAUCUUCUGCAAAUGUAAUCAUUAUUUAUGGGGAUAACAAUUCAUUAAUGACAUUGCAAUAUUCACAAUUGCCUUACUUAAUUUAUAAAAAAGUGUGGAUUACCACCUCUCACUGGGAUUUUACCGUAAGACCCCAUCGCAUGAAUGUUAAAAGUUUCAAUAGAGCUCUGAUAUUUUCAGGUCAGACAAAAGAGAUUCCAAGUUUUAAGCCAUUCUUAAGGACAGUUAAACCUUCCAAAUAUCCAGAAGAUAUUUUCCUUAAGAGAUUUUGGAACUCAGCUUUUCUGUGUCCAUUUGACUAUGAAAAAGUGGAUCAAGAGGACUGUUCACCAAACGCUUCUUUAGAGAUGCUGCCUUUGCGGUAUUUUGACAUGUCUAUGCCUAGGCAGAGUUACAAUAUCUACAAUGCUGUGUAUGCUGUGGCCUGGGCUCUCCACAAAAUACUCUUAACUAGAUCAGAAAUGGAAUACCUGGGAGAUGAAGGCAGCCCAGUUCUAUAUCCCUGGAAGCUGCACUCCUUUCUUAGAAACAUCGAGUUUAACAACAGUGCUGGUGACCAGGUGUUCAUGGAUGAAAAAAGGAUCCCCAUGGCAAACUAUGAUAUUGCCAAUUUUGUAGACUUUCAUAAUGGUACAGAAGUGCUGGUGAAGGUGGGAGAAUUCAUAUCUCGUGUUCCCUUUGGUGGAGAUUUUUCCAUCCAUGAGAAUUUCAUAAUGUGGAAUGAAUUUUAUACAAAGACUCCCUGCUCUGUGUGCAGUGAGAACUGUGGCCCUGGAUAUCAGAAAUCUGUCCGUGAGGGAGAGUCCAUCUGUUGCUUUGACUGUAUCCCCUGCCCAGAGGGGGAGAUUUCCAACCAGACUGAUAUGGACAAGUGCAUCAUGUGUCCUGAAGAUGAAUAUCCAAAUAAGGAGAGAAAUCACUGCCUCCACAAGGUAGUGACCUUUCUGGCCUACGAAGAACCCCUGGGUAUUACUCUGGCCUUUACAGCUCUGGUCUUCUCUCUCCUUACAGUUAUGAUAAUUAGGGUCUUUGUGAAGCAUCGGAACACCCCCAUAGUGAAAGCCAAUAAUAGAACUCUCAGCUACAUCUUGCUCUUCUCUCUAAGUCAAUGCUUUCUGUCUUCAUUGCUAUUCAUUGGUAAGCCCACCUCAGCCACAUGUGUCCUUCAGCAGACAAUAUUUGGAAUCACAUUCACAAUGGCAAUCUCCUCCAUUUUAGCUAAAACAAUCACUGUAGUUCUAGCUUUCAAAUCCACAAGACCAGGGAGCAGGAGCAGAAAAUGGGUGGGUUCCAGAGCACCCAUUUCUGUCAUUCUCAUCUGCUCCCUGAUCCAAGUGAUUCUCUGUGGUAUCUGGCUAUUGGUUUCUCCCCCGUUUCCAGAUAGAGACCCACAUUCUGAACCUAAGCACAUCAUACUUCGGUGCAAUGAGGGCUCUCUCAUUGCCUUCUACUUUGUCCUUGGCUACAUGGGAUUGUUGGCUUUGGGAAGUUUUGUUGCGGCCUUUUUGGCAAGAAAUUUGCCUGACACCUUCAAUGAAACCAAGUUUAUCACCUUCAGCAUGCUGGUAUUCUGCAGUGUCUGGGUCUCCUUCCUCCCCACAUACCAGAGCACCAAGGGGAAAACUAUGGUAGCUGUGGAAGUCUUCUCCAUCUUGAGCUCUAGUGCUGCCUUACUGGGCUGCAUCUUUAUUCCCAAGUGCUAUGUGAUCCUUCUGAGGCCACAACGGAACACACUGGAAUGGGUCAACCAUAGAUCUUAUGGUAAGGGAAGGCAUAGUUCUAAAGCAUUCCCUCAUGCCUCUAAGCAACGUUAUGGGAUGCCUCAAAAAAUUACCUAA